AGGCCGGUUCGUUUUCUACUGACAAUUCCUUCCUUUCGAAGAAACGAAGAAGAGCGGCCGCGAGAUAGCGAGGAGAGGAGAGCGAGAAGAUUCCGGCUAUGCCAAUGCCUUCGAGGAAAGAAAGCGUAAACGAGGAGAUUCCCACAGCCUCCUCUCUUGGCGACGCCUUGCUGUACACCACGAUGUGCAUCGUCGGCCUCCCCGUCGAAGUCCAGGUCAAGGACGGAUCCCUCUACUGCGGCAUCUUGCACACUGCCUGCUUCGAAAAGGACCACGGUGUUGUGUUGAAGAAAGCGACGAAAGUAGGGAAAGGGAAAUGUCUCACUAACUUAGCAUUAGGAGAUUGUGUGGAUACUCUCAUCGUGCUUUCGUCUGAUCUUGUUCAAGUAGUCGUAAAGGGUUUUAUACUUCCAGCUGAAGGCGUUGUUGACCGUGUCUCUGGCAAAAGUGCAGAGUCAGUGAAUCAUGUUGAGUCCCAUUCAUGUAGUAGGGAAAUAGAAAGUGAAGAAAAGGGAUCGACAUUUCACAACUCUGACGCUUCAAGACAGGACACAGGGUGCCAAGCUGAUGGAGACAAAGAGGAGAAUCCAAUUUUCGAGGUGGCCCAUGGAGCUCCUUCAAGUCCUAUCCCAAACAGCAAUGGAAGAAAUAGCGACCUUUCUUCUCUACCUGUCCGGUUAGCUACUCAAGAAAGCGAAGCUUCCAAAGCAUCGAUCUCAUCAGAUACUAGAACUUCAGUUUGUUCAUCAGAUACUACAACCACCAAUUCAUGUGCUAAUGGAUUAGUACCAUCUAAUACAACAAUCCCUAAGAAAAUUAAAGCUGGAAGUAUUAUUACUAAGGAAUCAAAGCUCAAUCCAGGUGCAAAGGAUUUCACACCGUCAACAGCAAAUUUUAGACAAGCACUAGCACCCGUGCCCAGACUAAUAAGCCCGAGUCAAAUGUCGAAUAGCCUUUCUAUGGUGCCUGCUGUAGGUGCACAAUUAGGAAAUGAGAUGAACUCUCUAGCAAGCCGUCUCACAGUACCAAGUAAAGUGGUUCCGUACAAUAACCUAAUUGUUGCACAACCUGGAAACGGAACUAAUUACUCUCGCCCUAUUAUGGGGAACAGUAGCAUUCGCCAACUUCCAGUCCGUGUCAACAGUCAAUAUCACCCUCUUCAAUCAGGACAUGUAUACUUGAAUCCACAUUCCCAAAUGGUACCCGCCGGGCCACUAAAUAUGCCUGUGUAUCUGCAUCCUUUUCCCCAGCCAAUUCAAGGAACACAAUUCAUGCCACAAGGGCAGCCUCAGCUUCUCCUUCAUCAAGCGAAUAUAAUGAAGUUUCAAGGUACAACGGCACAGCAUAUGCAGCUGCCUAUGGCACCCCCCUAUCAUAGCUGGUGAGAACCAAACAGUAGAAGCACCAACACAUCUUCCCUUCUUGCAGCAUUAUCCCUUUCCCUGGUGUCGACGGCUAUAUUUUCCAAUAAAUUGUGUGAUGACCCCCCGGUGCCAAAGUUUAUAGUUUCCGAUAGAUCUCUUAGCUGGAUCUUGGAGUGCUACCAAUUUUGUCAGGGUUCCGUAACUCAUCCUGCAACUUUAGAGCUCUACAGCUUUGCCCCCUGUCAGAUGCUUGCUCACAAUGUUGUGGCACACUGCCUGCAAAACAUAGCUCAUCACUACCUGCCUUAGGAUUUUAGCAUACAGAAUUAUGAUUCUGCUCCGUGAGGCUCGAUAACGUUUUUGCUUCGAUCAUCUGGACGGACUGCAGAGGUCAUCCGAGGAUUUUCUUUGUUAGCAAGGAAAGCCUCUGCUUGGGAUUCAUCAACAGCUGCAUUUUGAGGUGCAGACUCCGUAACUUUCGGUAUUGCUUCAUUUGUAUUGAGCACAGAAGAGUUAUUAGCCACAGAAAGUGGAAGGUUAGGGGGCGUCAGCAAUUGGUUUGCAGAUUUUGAAUCUGCAGGGGGUACGCUCCUCUGGACGGGCAACACGACAUCGAAUGAUGAAGAGGCAGGACGGACUGGUACUGAAAUGAGUGCCUGACUAGGUUUUUCAACUGCUAAAUGUAGGUUUCCAAUCGGCCUUGCCAUGGGAAUCAAUGGCGCGAUAUCAUUCUCUUCUGAAAUAGGGACACAGCGAAGCGGAUCAAACACUAUACCCUUCAAGACAUGAUCGGUGCCAGCUACUUUGACGGUUAGCAGAUAACCAGCCUCAAAGGUUCCAUCCAGCGUGCCACACACACUCUGCCCGAGUAGACCAUUAGUCUUUUGGCUUGAAGCGGCGGCAGAAUUAGGUUGAGUUGGGUUAACUUCAGAGUGGUGCCCGAAGCAGACACUUCUCGAAUGGACAGUUGGAUCAAAAUCGAUCUUCGGAAGGGUGUGAAAUGGAAGAGUUUGAGGACUCAUGCCAGACAAGGCAGCAAGAUCAACUUGAUUUGGAGUAACCUGAAUGCCAAGACUUGAAUUCGUAGCAGUUUGAACCCUGAGAGCACAAAUACUUUAGUUGAAUUAGUUCGACAAGCAAGUUGCCGGCCACUUAGACUUAUCUAAAUCAUACUUUUGGGGACGCCCGCGUUUGCGCUUCAAAGGUAAGUUCGCGGGAACAGGGACAGUCUCUUGAUUCUGUUCAGCCAUGCUACUAGUCCUAAGUUUUGAA